CCGGAUUGGUUCUUCUCUGAGCAUCGUUGGUUUGCACGGCUCAGCCGGACUCUGCUCAGGUUUCAGCCAUGUUGCGUUGUGUUCUCCAGCGAGCCAACAACCUGAGACACUCUGACCCCCUGGCUAGUGUCAGCUUCAGAGGUUCUAAGAAGAAGACCAAGGUCAUCAAGAAUAACUUUAACCCUGUUUGGAAUGAGGGUUUUGAGUGGGACCUCAAAGGGAUUCCUCUGGACCCUGGAGCAGAGCUGCACUGUGUCGUCAAAGACCAUGAGAAGAUGGGGAGAAACAGAUUCCUGGGAGAAAGCCGGCUGGCUCUCAGAGAUGUCCUCAACUCUCCCAACCUGGCCGCCUCCUUCACCGUCUCCCUGCUGGACACCAAGAGGAACAACACAGGGGCCACGCUGACCCUGCAGGUUUCCUACAUCCCUCCUCCAGGAAUGGCUCCAAUCUUCCAGCCUCUUCACCAGCCUGAGAUGCUGCCUCAUAACAACCCCAUGGUGGAGCUAGACACCGUCACAAUGAUUUCUCUGGACACUUUGGGUGAGGAGGACACAGAGAGCAUGAUCAUGGUGGAGCCACCAGAGGACCAGGUUCAGGACGACGGACGCUCCAUGAUUAUCGUCGGUCCUCAGGGGCCCUCCGGUCAUGAGUCCCCUGCUGCUCAGACGCCCAAACGGUCGCCGCCAAACUACAACCCCCAUGGAGGUCUGAGGAAGAGGAGGAGAGGAGGAAGCAGUCAGCCUAAACAGCUGCCCAACAAACCACAGGACUUACAGGUUCGUGUUCGAAUCAUCGAAGGCCGACAGCUGCCUGGCAUCAACAUUAAGCCUGUUGUUAAAGUAUCGGUGGCCGGACAAACCAAGAGGACACGCAUCAGAAAAGGCAACAACCCAUUCUUUGACGAGACGUUCUUCAUGAACUUCUUUGAGACGCCAUCGGAUCUGUUUGAUGAACCCAUCUUCAUCACAGUGUGUGACUCUCGCUCGCUCCGAACUGAUGCUGUCAUCGGCGAAUUCAAGUUGGAUGUUGGCACCGUCUACAACGAGCACAGACACUGCUUCUUGAGGAAAUGGCUGCUGCUGUGUGACCCUGACGAUCUAUCAGCCGGGGUCAAAGGUUACCUGAAGGUCAGCCUCUUGGUUUUGGCAGCUGGAGAUGAGCCGCCGGCUGAUAAACGAGACUGUGUGGAGGAUAAAGAAGACAUCGAAGGAAACCUGCUGAGACCGGCGGGUCUGUCUCUGAGAGGAGCCACUUUCAAUCUGAGGAUCUUCCGCGCUGAAGACCUGCCUCAAAUGGACGAUGCCUUCAUGGACGGGAUGAGGCAGAUUCUCGGGUUUGACAGCAACAGGAAGAACCUGGUGGAUCCUCUGGUGGAAAUCCACUUUGCUGGGAAAACAAUCUGCACUAAGAUUCUGGAGAAGAACGCCAAUCCGCAAUGGAACCAGGGUCUGUCCAUGCCCAUAAGAUUUCCCUCCAUGUGUGAGAAGAUGAGGAUCAGGAUUCUGGACUGGGACAGAGCCAGUCACAACGACGUCAUCGGCACCACCCACCUAUGCAUGUCCAAGAUCUCUGCCCCCGGUGGAGAGAUAGAUGUCGACGACAGUCUCGGUUUCCUGCCAACAUUCGGUCCGUGUUUUGUCAACCUGUACGGCAGCGCCAGGGAAUUCACCGCCUUCAACGAUCCACACGAGGCGCUCAACCUUGGAAAAGGUGAGGGCGUGGCGUAUCGUGGACGCAUUUUAAUGGAACUAACAACAAAGCUAGCUGACAAACCCGAGCAGAGAAUGGAGGAUAUACCAUCAGAUGACCUGCUAGUAGUGGAGAAGUUCCUCAGGAAGAGGAAGUACUCGCUGUUCGUGGCGUUUUAUUCGGCCACGCUCCUCCAGGACGUCGAUGACGCCAUCCAGUUCGAGGUCAGCAUUGGAAACUACGGCAACAAGUUCGAUUACACCUGCCUCCCUUUGGCGUCCACUACCCAGUUCAGCAGAGCCGUGUUUGACGGUUGCCACUACUACUACCUCCCCUGGGGGAACAUCAAGCCUGUGGUGGUUCUGUCUUCAGAGUGGGAGGAUGUCAAACCAAGGAUUGAAGCUCUGAAUAUGCUCCUGGCUAUGAUAGAAAGACUGGAGGCAAACCUGCAGCGGGUGAGCCUGGAAGUGAAGACCGGCAGCGACCUGGAGGAGGUGGAGCUCCGGGUGGUUGAGCUUCUGGAUCAGGUCAUCACAGACUGCAGUGAAGAGCUGCCCUCGAUCGAUCAGUGGCCGUGUGCGACCCCUCUGGACCGCUCUUUGAGGCACAUCCGCACUCUCCACCUGCAGCAGAUACUUGCAGGGGCGCUCGCUCUCAAACAUGGACCUGCCACCGAGCUCUCCACGGUGCUGGAUCAGGCAGAGGACUGGGCCAGCAGGCUGAGGAACAUGGCAGAGGAACCCCAGAACAGUCUGCCUGACAUCGUGAUAUGGAUGCUGCAGGGCGACCGCAGGGUAGCGUACCACCGCAUCCCGGCCCACACUGUGAUCUUCUCCCAGGACAACUGUGGGAAACACUGCGGACAGCUGCAGACCGUCUUCCUCAAGCAUCCACAGUGCGGCAGUGGAGAAGCCAAACUCCCAGGUCAGCUGAGGGUUAAAGUCUGGUUCGGAUUGGCCGCCGACGCCAAACACUUCAACCAGUACGCUGAAGGGAAACUGUCGGUGUUUGCUGAGACGUAUGAAAACCAGACCAGACUCGCCCUGGUGGGCAACUGGGGAACGACAGGUCUGACCUACCCCAAGUUUAGUGACGUCACUGGAAGAGUCAAACUGCCCAAAGAGAGCUUCAAACCCUCGCCUGGCUGGACCUGGGCUGGAGACUGGUUCAUCAGUCCAGAGAAGACGCUGCUGUAUGAUGUGGACGCCGGUCACAUGACCUUCGCGGAGGAGGUGUUUGAGAACCAGAUGAGGCUGCCAGGUGGACAGUGGAUCGGCAUGCCAGAGGGCUACACUGACGUGAAUGGAGAGAAGGCGGUGCCAAAAGACGAAGUGGAGUGUCCUCCAGGUUGGGUUUGGGAGGAGGUGGAGUGGAGCGAAGAUCUCAACAGGGCCGUGGACGAUCAAGGAUGGGAGUACGGCAUCACCAUCCCUCCAGAUCGCCGUCCGAAGUCAUGGGUGCCGGCUGAGAAGAUGUACCACACCAACCGGAGGAGGAGGUGGAUCAGACUGAGGCGACGAGACCAGCAGAAGAUGGAGGCUCUGAAAAAGCAACGUCCAGAUGACACAGAGCGGGAGGGCUGGGAGUACGCCUCCCUGUUCGGCUGGAGGUUCCACCUGAAGCCCAAGAAGACGGACAGCUUCAGGAGGCGCAGGUGGAGGUACCGCAUGGAGCCGCUGGAGAAGACGGGACCGGCGGCCAUCUUUGCUUUGGAGUGUUCUCUGAGCAGCAUCGAGGACAAGAGCGAAGACAAGUCGGUCACAACCACGUUCGGCGUCAACAGACCGACCAUCUCUUGUUUCUUUGAUCGUGGGACCAGAUACCACCUGCGCUGCUACCUGUACCAAGCCAGAGACCUGCUGCCCAUGGACAAAGACAGCUUCUCUGACUCGUACGCCAUUGUGUCCUUCCUCCAUCAGUCCCAGAAAACAGUGACGGUGCGCAACACUCUCAACCCCACCUGGGACCAGACGCUCAUCUUCUACGAGGUGGAGAUUUUCGGAGACCCCGAAGUCACGAUGGCGACUCCGCCUAACGUCGUGGUGGAGCUCUACGACUCGGACACAUACGGUGCAGAUGAGUUUAUGGGCCGCUGCGUGUGUCAGCCCUCCCUCACAUCCUCCCCUCCUCUGGCCUGGUUCCCAAUUCGCUUGGGGGAGAAGAAUGCCGGCGAUCUUCUGGCCGCCUUUGAGCUCAUACGCAGGGAAAAGCCAGCAGUUCAUCAUCUUCCAGGUCAAGAGGGAGACAUCAUGACCUCCACGCACGUUCUUGACGAGUUGAUGUUUCCAGGAUUCCUCUCUGAAAACCUGCAGCAAUGGCCGGAGGAGUCGGACCUCCCUCCUCCUCCCCCUCAGAGAGAGGUCAACGUCUUUGUGGUCCCUCAAGGAAUCAAACCUGUGCUGCAAAGAACCGCCAUCGAGAUCUUAUCCUGGGGCGUCCGCAACCUGAAGAGCUUCCAGCUGGCCAGCGUUACCUCCCCCAGCCUGCAGGUGGAGUGUGGCGGCACCAUGAUCCAGAGCUGCGUCAUCCGCAGCAUGAAGAAGAAGCCUAACUUUGAUGUGAACAAGCUCAUCCUUGAUGUGAGACUUCCCUGCGAGGAGCUCUACAUGCCGCCAAUCGUCAUCAAAGUCAUCGACAACCGCCAGUUUGGGAGGAAGCCGGUGGUCGGCCAGUGCACGAUCCGCUCCCUGGAGGAGUUCAGGUGUGUCCCGGAGGUGGAGCGAGCGGCCGGAGAGGAGGAGGACCAGGGAUGGAGACGCGACAUGCCGCACUCCAUGAGUGGAGAGGUUUUCAUUGACAUCGAUGACGAGGAGCCGCUCAUGCCUGACCAGCUUGCAGACGGAGCCAGCUCGGCUAUCAUUAACCUUUCCACCUCUAGCUCCAGCCUUCAUGAAGAGGAGUUCAUGGACUGGUGGAGUAAAUUCUACGCCUCAACAGGAGAGAAAAACAAGUAUGGGACGUACCUGGAGAGAGGAUUCGACACACUGAAGAGCAGAGAGACACAC